AUGCUACUAUCUCCUGCUGAAAAACAAUAUCUAUACGAUUCAUUAAGUCUGUCUUCAGUAAUAAGACCAGACUCUCGUUCAGUUCACCAAUACAGACCUCUAGAAGCAACAACAUCGUUUUUACCUGGAUCCAAUGGAUCAUCAAGAAUUAGGUUACUGGAAGGAAGUGAAUGUAUAAUUAGCAUCAAGGCCAAAGUGGUACCUAUCGACCCAGAUGUAUCCAACUGUGACUCUUUAUCCAAUCUAAUUGAUGUUGAUGUUGACAUCUCUGGAUAUCGAGACGAUUCCAACUACAUAUCCAAUUUGAAAUUUCAAUUGAUCAACUUAUUAUAUCAGAAUUUCCCUCAUUUGGUUUUACAGUUAACAUCACGGUAUGCAUUCAAAUUGUUCAUCGAUUGCGUAAUUAUUAGUCACCUGUCUAGUCCAUUAAGUUUAAUAAGUUUGGCAACUUAUUUGGCUUUGAAAACUACAAGAUUGCCAUUAUUAGUUAGUGACCCCAAUGAUUUACAAGUGGCUGAAUAUCCUACAUUUUCCGAUGAUUGGGAUAAUUCAAGGACAAUUGAAGAAAUAAUGAUGGAUAAGGGUAUAGGAAGUGUGUUCAAACCACCCAUUUUUAUUGCUAUUGGUGUCGUUGGUAAAAAUUUGAUUUUUGAUCCAUCAGUUGAAGAAGAACAAGUUUUGGAAAAUGGUGUUGUUGUCAGUUUUUACAAUAACAAAGUCAUUACUCCUAUAACCAAUGGAAAUUUUGCUAUAAAUUCAAACAACUCCAAUUUUAAAGGAUUGAAUAAAUCGGUAUUGAUACAAUGUGUUACCUUAUGUAAUCAAUAUUGUCCAGCCAUCAUCAAAGCUUUGGAUACAUUGGUUCAGCAAGAGAGUGAUCAGGGUGAAGUGACUAUAUUCUAA